GCCUGCGAAGCUGCAGGCGGCGGCGGCAGUGCAGCAAAAGCAAAGGAAAAAUCUCUGGACGGACAAGGGGCCCCAGAAUCCCCGCCAUAGACUCAGAACUUUUACAGGUCGUGCUGUGACGAACACUCUCCCCUUUGCCCCUAAGUCCUCCUGCAGAACAGGGCUUUGCAUUUGCCGCUGCGAGCAGCGGGAACAGGAGUUGCAAGCAGCAGCAGGUGCAGAAAGGUCUCCUGCUUCCCGGAACGGUUACCCGUGGAAUUUCUUUCCUUUUUCCAGUCCCACGCAGUAGAGACGCUGUCUCCGGAUUUCUGAACUCAAAUGCUUCCUGAUGCUUGAAAGUGGAGGAAUUCAGAGCCACGAGAAGCAGACAGCGCAUCUAGAAGCGUUUAUCUUCUGAGCGCCAACUCUCCUGCUUGCAAAAAAAGAGUUCUGCCCAGAAGGAGCCUGCAGCCCUCCUGUCUUGGUUAAACAGGACCCUGACCCCAGCCGUCAGCCUCAGGGCCUGCUGCAAAGGCAGGGUGUGUGCAGGGAAGAGGGCUUAACCACUUGGCGGGGGGAUGGAUAACGUCCUCCAGGUAGACCCAGACCUCUUCCCCAAUGUCUCCACCAACACCUCAGAGCCCAACCAGUUUGUGCAGCCGGCCUGGCAAAUUGUCCUUUGGGCAGCUGCCUAUACGGUCAUCGUGGUGACCUCGGUCGUGGGCAACGUGGUGGUGAUGUGGAUCAUCCUGGCCCACAAGAGAAUGAGGACAGUGACUAACUAUUUCCUGGUGAACCUGGCUUUCGCAGAGGCAUCCAUGGCUGCAUUCAACACGGUGGUGAACUUCACCUACGCUGUCCACAAUGAGUGGUACUACGGCCUGUUCUACUGCAAGUUCCACAACUUCUUCCCCAUCGCCGCUGUCUUCGCCAGCAUCUACUCCAUGACUGCUGUGGCCUUCGAUAGGUACAUGGCCAUCAUCCAUCCCCUCCAGCCCCGGCUGUCAGCCACGGCCACCAAGGUGGUCAUCUGUGUCAUCUGGGUCCUGGCUCUCCUACUGGCCUUCCCCCAGGGCUACUACUCAACCACAGAGACCAUGCCCAACAGAGUGGUGUGUAUGAUUGAAUGGCCAGAGCAUCCCGACAAGAUUUACGAGAAAGUGUACCACAUCUGUGUGACUGUGCUGAUCUACUUCCUCCCCUUGCUGGUGAUCGGCUAUGCGUACACGGUGGUGGGAAUCACUCUGUGGGCCAGCGAGAUCCCUGGGGACUCCUCGGACCGUUACCAGGAGCAGGUCUCUGCCAAGCGCAAGGUGGUCAAGAUGAUGAUCAUCGUGGUGUGCACCUUCGCCAUCUGCUGGCUGCCCUUCCACAUCUUCUUCCUCCUGCCUUACAUCAACCCUGAUCUCUACCUGGAGAAGUUCAUUCAGCAGGUCUACCUGGCCAUCAUGUGGCUGGCCAUGAGCUCCACCAUGUACAACCCCAUCAUCUACUGCUGCCUCAACGACAGGUUCCGUCUGGGCUUCAAGCAUGCCUUCCGGUGCUGCCCCUUUAUCAGUGCCGGCGACUACGAGGGGCUCGAAAUGAAAUCCACCCGCUACCUCCAAACCCAGGGCAGCGUGUAUAAGGUCAGCCGCCUGGAGACCACCGUCUCCACAGUGGUGGGGGCCCACGAGGAGGAGCCAGAGGAUGGUCCCAAGACCAUACCCUCGGCUCUGGACCUGACCUCCAAUGGCUCCUCUCGCGACUCCAAGACCGUGACAGAGAGCUUCAGCUUCUACUCCAACAUGCUCUCCUAGACCACAGGUCCUCAGCAGGGGCGGCCACCACCAUCUGUGUCUUGCUUCACUCCAUGCAUGGAUAACGCCUUGAUCUAGAAACCAUCAGAAACACCCUCACAUUGGGGCUUGUGAGAAAAAAAAAAAAAAAAAAACCCUGGUUUCUUCUGUGACUUUGUCAUCCCCCAUGCUGUGUGACCCAAGGCAAAUCAUUGAACUUCUCUGAGCUUGUAAAAUGGCAAGGUUGAACUUGAUUUUCCCUGCAAUCCCUGCCAUAAUUCUAAAAUUAACUUUGGUUGUAUGUGGGGGCUCAUUCCAGGAGGAAUCCUGUAGCACCUGGAUUUGCCUGGAGCCCCUGUCUUACUUCAGUGAAGCUGUCCUCAGUCAUGUGCAGAUUACCCUCCUUUAGCUGGUCUUUACAUCAACCUCACAUCAACCUUCACUCGACAGGGUGAACAAAAGAAGGAACUAUGUAAAAUCUGAAGGAAAGAUUUAACUCCGUCUUCUAAGCAUCUAUGAAAAGGAGGCAUGGAUGUCUUCCUUUAGGCACCUCAGUAUUUCAGUGCAUCGAAACAUCCUGAGAUUGAGAACUUCACGUUCAUCUGCAUUCUGUCCCUAGGGACGGUCCUGAGCGACCAGUGUGGCAGAAUAUGUCCACUGAUGCAAGCUAAUGUCAGCUACACACCAAGAAUCGGGAGGCCUGUGCCAUACUUAAUCUAUCUGAGCUUCUUCCCUUAUUUGUAAAACCAUGGAUGAAAUAACCUAAGUAUCCUUUUUAACAUUCAAGAGUUCAAGAACUGUAUGAGUUUUUUGUUUGUUUCACCAAAAAUUGGUGGUCUCAAAAGGACUAGGAAUAGCAAGGUCAGUGACUUAAUACCCAGUUCCUGGAGAGUAGCAACUCCUAAAAUGUGUCAAUAUCCAUAUCAAACGUUCUCUGGUUUAUCCUAAAACCAUGAGUACCUUCCUUCUUCUGGAACAUUUUGGUCUUUGACAGAGCAGAGGACUUCAUGUCAAAGCCUGCCUCUCACCAUCAGAUGUUAACAGGCCAAGUCCCACAGCUGGAGAUGCCACCAGGGAGGAUGAACACAGGCACUCCCUGCCCUGGCCUUGUGGGGUAUCUUAGGGCAGGGACACUAAUGCAGUCUUAGCUUUCUACCAGCAUAAGGCAUGUGCUCAGAUAUCCAAUGAACGAGGAGGCUGCCCCCUGCAGCCCCACUUGUGGGAAGAGGUCACCUUGUAUCUUCCCUUCUGAUUCUCUGAAUCUUCCCUUCCUGCCCCCAUGGCUUUACUGGCCAGCUGUCUAUGAGGGGUGGGAUGUCCCACCCACCCCACGGGCCAGUCAGUCUACCAAGAGCCAUGAAUUUAAUCCUGCCUAUCCCACUAGAGCUUUGAGGUGUCCAGCAGGUGAGCACGCAGUUUCUCUCUGUCUCCCAGAUUUGCGUUUUGUCCAGAUGUGGCUGAAAGCAGAAGUCUCAAGUACAAUCCAUCAAUGUCCUCUUUGUGGUUUG